AGCGCAAAAAUAGGUUUCAAAUCUGUAUUCAUACUGGACCCACUGCUCAAAAGCAAUGACUCGUCGACUUCCUCGAUGAGUGCCACUUUCAAAUCGAUGGCUCCAAUUUGUGAAGGUGAGCCGUGCAUUCGAAAUGGCUCCGGUGCAGCGGCUACUGUACAUUUUCGGCAGGAAUCGCGACGUCGAAAGUCGGAUUUUGCUCGGAAAUGUAUAGCCGUAAUUCUUCUCCAUGCAAUAUUUCUUCUAGCAAUUCUAGCUGCUUUGAUAAUCGGACAUUGGAUAUCAGAAGAAAAUCAAAAAUUGAGCAAUAGAACUAUGUUGAACAUCACACUGGCGGAGGCCUACCUUCUCGAAGGCAUCUACACCACAAGCACCGCCACUCCAGAAUCAUUGAGCCAUCAUCACACACAUCUUCUAACAACAUCUUCUGCUGCUUUAGGACAAUCGAAGAAAAAGACGCCGCCACGAGUUGUGGAGAGACUAAUCCCGCUGGAAAAGAAGCGAAACUUCACGAUAUCCGAUGUAUUCCCACCGCCUGCAGAUGGAGGAUUUGGCAUCGCGGAGCAACUUCAUGCAGUCAGAGCCAACAAGUUGUCGACAGACGCUUUGCUGGUUCCACUACCUCUGUACAUUCUACCGUACCACUAUGAUCUUCAGCUCGACUUUUCCCAAUUCGACACCCAUCUAUUCAUUCGUGCCAAUAUAUCAAUCCACCUGGAAAGUUAUGGUAACUCCACCGAAGAUGAAAUUCAAUUCCACUUGGGGCCCAACAUCAAAAUGGAACGAAUGCGGCUACGGAAAGAUGGGAAGAAAUUCUACGCCAAAACGUUUAAGCGUGAAGAAUCCAAAAAAUUGGGGAGAAUAUCGUUGCGAGACCCUCUUCAAAAAGGAAAGUAUAUUCUCGAGAUGACCUAUAACAUGACGAUUUGCGAUGAAGACGUCGAUGGAGUCAGAUGUUCUCUUGACAAUCAGACCAAUUCCUCAUUGAAGGCUACAAGUUUCACUACAAAAUUCGAGCCAACACUGGCCCGAGCAUUCUUUCCAUGUUGGGAUGAGCCUGGUGUAAAAGCCACAUUCAAUAUUUCUGUGAGACAUAACAAAAAGUAUACGGUAUUAUCGAAUAUGCCUCCUGUGGAGUCCCAUGACCACAAGUCAUGGGAGGAUCAAUUUAAAACUACCGUAUUCCAAACAACUCCUCCAAUGUCUACAUAUCUAUUGGCAUUUGCUAUUGGAGAAUUUGUGAAGCUCGAGUCAAGAACCGAACGGGGGAUCCCGGUGACAGUGUGGACUUAUCCGGAAGAUGUGAUGUCUAUGAAGUUCACGCUGGAAUAUGCUCCAGUGAUAUUUGAUAGGUUGGAAGACGCACUGGAGAUUCCGUACCCUUUACCAAAAGUCGAUCUGAUUGCUGCUCGCAAUUUCCACGUUGGAGGAAUGGAGAAUUGGGGUCUUGUGGUGUUUGAAUUUGCAUCAAUUGCAUAUACCCCGCCGAUUACUGAUCACGUGAAUGAAACAGUGGAUAGAAUGUACAACGAGUUCCGUAUCGGAAAGCUGAUAGCUCACGAGGCUGCUCAUCAAUGGUUCGGAAAUCUUGUGACAAUGCGUGACUGGUCAGAGCUGUUCCUGAACGAAGGAUUCGCGACGUUCUAUGUCUAUGAAAUGAUGAGCACAGAACGCCCAGUGACUGCUCAAUUCGAGUACUACGACAGUCUGGCUUCCCUUAUUCUGGCUCAAAGUGAAGAAGACCAUCGCCUGUCACUUGUCAGAGAGCUCGCCACAGAGUCUCAAGUUGAAUCAUCAUUCCAUCCGACUAAUCUCUAUACGAAAGGAUGUGUUCUAAUUCGAAUGCUUCGAGAUCUAGUCAGUGAUUUUGAUUUCAAGGCGGCAGUUCGUAGGUACUUACGGAAGAAUGCGUAUCGAUCAGUUUCACGGGACGACCUUUUUGCAAGUCUUCCAGCUUAUGCGGAUCAUGGUGCAGAGCAGGAAAAAUUGAGCCAUGUGUUGGAGGGAUGGUUUGUGAAUGAAGGAAUUCCAGAGAUCACAUUGAUAAGAAACUACGACAAUGAAAUGAUGACCAUAAGUCAACGAAAAACCGUUCAUCACGAAUAUCGAAGUUUUUUGAAGGAUCGAAAAGCAUCAGCAUCGGUUAGAUAUAGAGGAAGUAGAAGUGCUGAAGAUGGUUCGACUCUUUUUGAUGAUGCACUUUUUGAUGGGUAUAUUGAGAAGAAGAAGGAUAGGAGACGGAAGCAUCGGCCGAUUAGGAGGAAGACCUCUACACCCCCAUCAAUAAGCCCAAUAAGUCGUCGAGACGAGCUUCGAAAACCUCGCCGAGUCGGUGCAUCCCAAGAUCUUUGGACUAUCCCAAUAACCUACAUGUUCGGAUCACUAAAGACUUCCGAAGGACAAGUGAUCCGAGAGUUUUGGCUCAAAAACCGAACAGUUUCCUUCGGAGACGCAGAGAUCUCUCCGAAUCAGGCGGUUCUUGUGAAUCCAGAAUGGAAAUAUCCGUAUCGAGUAAACUAUGAUUUGUUGAACUGGAAACUUUUAGCUAGAACAUUACAUCAAAAUCAUCUGGAGAUCAAUGAGAAAUCACGAAUGCAAUUGAUCCUAGACGCUGAAUAUUUUCUUUCAAAUUCAGUGAAUCCUCAUCUUUAUCUCUAUCUUCUUGGAUAUCUGGCACAUGAGACUAAAAUGGAAGUGAUGCUUUUUGGAAUUGAUGCAGUUUACAAAUUUAUUGAUGUCUACAAGGCAACUCAAUUGAAUAAGGCAAUUCUUGUCUAUUUUGAGCCUGUUAUCUCUCAGAUGGACCAUUUGUUGAAUGAAAGUCAGGUGGAUGCUGAAACAGCUUCACUAUGGCUAGUUCGACCGGAAAGAUUAGCAAAGUUGUAUCAAAUGAGAUGUGCAGCUGGACUCUCGUCUUGUAAAAAUGAUUAUUAUACUCAAAGAUGGUCCCGAUCACCUGAUGAAUGGACGGAAGAUGUGCACAAGCAAGUGACCGCAGUGUGUCAUCAGUUAUUCACAAAUACACCGGAUGAAGUGAAAACUGUGCAAGACCUCCUCGAUAGCCGUCUCCAGUCCUCCGGAGCCAAAUGGGCUCUGACAGUGCAACUCGCGGCGUGUUCACACGACCAGAAGCUUUUGCGAAGAACUGCUCGAGCAAUUGUAAGCACUAAGAAUGCAGUGGUUUACGCGUCAGCUCUUCAGUCCGACUUCUCACUUCACUACAAUCCAACAUUCCGCAAGUAUCUCUGGGCGGAGAUUGCGAAAAUGAGCACAUUUGAGAAAACGGCACUAUUUUCAACGAAUUCUACCGAUAUACUUCCAGCUUCUCGGAUUUUGUUGCAUUCUGUCAAGACUAUUGAUGAACUUCAGCAGAUACGUGGUCUACUCACCAACUGGGGACCACUUCUCUCAUUACAUUUCGAAUAUCUCGAACGGUACCUUUUAUGGGUUUCCAGUGUGUCACAAGGUGUUCUACAUCAGUUUUUCGCCGCUGAUCUCUCCAAUUUCUGAGUUUUUUUCUCUCGGAAAACUUCACUCAGUUUGGCUAAUUUUUCACUUUUUGUGCAAAAAAAAUGCGGGUAUUGUUUUUGAAUCGGGUCUGUCACAUUUCCAUGUCUUUCUGAAACUAAAACCUCUGAUUAUACUCCUCUCCAUUAUAUUGAUAUCUCAUCAUCUUCUCGUUGUGCAAUAAAUAUUUUUUCUUGAA